AUGGGGACGCUGAAGGUUGGUUUAAAGAAUGAAGGACUCUUCCAGCCUUUGGAGCCCAACAACCAGGUGGAAUUGAAGGUGACAGGUGACGCUGAGGCCACAGUGGGGCUGGUGGCUGUGGACAAGGCUGUUUAUGUCUUGAACAGCAAACACAAGCUCACACAGAAGAAGGUCUGGGAUGUGGUGGAGGAACAUGACAUUGGCUGUACAGCAGGCAGUGGGAAAGACAGACUUGCUGUGUUCAAGGAUGCUGGAUUGGACCUGAAGAUGAGCACAGGGAUGGACACCCUGGCAAGCUCAGACUGGCACUGCCCUCAGAGCCCCACAGCCAGCCGUCACCGCCGCUCCCUGAAGAGGAUGGAGACCAAGAGGAAUGCAGUGAACAAGUUCAAGACAGAGCUGGAGCAAAAGUGCUGCGAGGCGGGGCUCCGGGAGAGCCCGGUGGGGCUGGCGUGUGAGGAGAGGGCCCGGCAUGUCCGCCAUGGGCCAGCCUGCGUUGCUGCUUUCCUGAGCUGUUGCCAUCUGUCUGAGACCUUGACACGGGAGGCCCGGGAGGAGCAGCUGCUCUUGGGGACAUCCGAUGAAGACGAGGACUUUGGUGACAUCUUCUUGGAGGACCAGCCUGUCCGGACCUUGUUCCCUGAGAGUUGGCUCUGGAAGAAGUUUACACUGCCAAAAAGCAAACCAGGAAGCCUCGCCUACCACAGCACCCGUGUGACCCUGCCGGAUUCCAUCACCACGUGGCAGUUUGUGGCCGUCAGCCUCAAGGCUGGACAAGGUUUCUGCGUCUCAGAUCCCUUCGAGCUGACAGUUAUGAAAUCGUUCUUUGUGGACCUCAAGCUGCCCUCCUCCGUGGUCAGGAAUGAGCAGAUCCAGAUCCAAGCCGUGCUGUACAAUUUCAGGAACCACCAGGUCAAGGUCCGUGUGGAGUUCCCCCACAAGGAGGCGCUGUGCAGUCUGUCAAAGCCAGAAGCCCCAUCCCGCCAGGUGGUGACCGUGCCCCCCACCUCUUCCAAGAUGGUGCCCUUUGUGCUUCUCCCACUUGAGACUGGCAAAGUGGACGUGGAGGUCAGGGUUGUGGGCUAUGGGGUCCAGGACCAUGUGAAGAGGACACUUAUGGUCAAGGCAGGGGGGCAGAUACAGCAAAUAUCCCAUAGCAUCCUCCUGAACCCCCAAGGUCAAACCCAGACGGAAGUGGUGCCAAGACAGGACUUUUUGGACAAGGUGCCCGAUACAGAGGCAGAAGUGUUUGUCAGUGUCCAAGGUGACAUCCUUGGUGAGACAAUCCUGGGCGCCCUGACACCUAGAGAAACGCGGCGGCUGCUGAGGGUCCCGACUGGCUGCCCGGAGCAGACGCUGAGCUCCUUGGCGCCUGUGGUCAUCCUGACCCGCUUUUUGGAUGCCACCGGCCAGUGGGGCAAAGUUGGAGUGGAACUCAGGGACCAGGUGAUGGAGAACAUCAUCAGCGGUUACACCCGGAUGCUGACGCACCGGAGUGCCGACGGCACUUACCACACCAGCAAGGGAAGCCCAGGAAGCACCUGGCUCACGAGCUACGUGUUCCGGGUCUUUGCCCUGGCCUACUCAACCAUGAUGACCAACGUGCUCGAUCUGCACUCUCUCUGUGCCACUGCCAGCUGGAUCAUCACCCAGAGGCAGGCGGAAGACGGGCACUUCUUGGAGAAGGGUCCUGUCAUCAUGACAUCAAUGCAGGGUGGUUACCGAGGCUCUGAAGCAGACGUAUCCCUCACAGCUCUUGUCCUGAUUGCCCUAAAUGAGGGGAAGGAACUGUGCACCCAAAAGAUACAGGAUUUGACUGCCAGCAUGAGGCGAGCCCGUAGCUUCCUGGAGAAACGCCUUCCCAACCUUCAGACAACAUUUGCUGUAGCCAUAGUCUCCUAUGCUCUGGCCCUCACUGAGAGCCCCCGAGCCAAUGAUCGCCUGGACAGCUUUGCCAGCCAUAAUAAAACCCACUGGCCAGUGGAUCAUCUGGAUGUGAAUUCGCUGUACACCAUUGAGGCCACGGCCUACGCGCUGAUGCAGAAGCUGGAGUUAGGUCGCUACCAAGAGACGCAUGCCAUUGCCCAGUGGCUGCUGGAGAAGCGGGAGCUAGGCGGAGGCUUCAUGUCCACCCAGACGACUGUGGUGGCCCUUGAGGCCCUCACCCGCUUCCGUGCAGCUGUCCCUUUCGAGGAUGUCCAGGAUCUCCACGUCCAGAUACGCGUCCCCAAGAGAGCCUUGAACUUGGAGUGGAUCAUCGAUCAGAACAAUGCCUACCAGCAGCGGUCAGCAAAGUUCUCUGCCCAGGACGACCUAGAGAUCAAAGCCAGUGGCAGUGGCAGAGGCACAAUCUCGAUCCUGACCAUGUACUACAGGUUUCCAGAGUUCUGGGAGGGCACUUGCAACCUGUACCACCUGAAUGCGACUCUCCACAGAGCCCUGGAAGAUAAUAAAAAGGGGGAAGAGACCUUCCAGCUCCGGAUGGAGACAAGGUUCCAGGGAAAUCGAGAGGCCACAAUGAGCAUCGUGGAGGUCUCCCUGCUGACCGGCUUCUACCCCAACCAGAAUGACCUCAAACAGCUUACGAGCGACGUGGAGAUGUACGCCUUCCAGUACGAGACCAAGACGAGCUCCAGCGACAGCACGGUUGUCCUCUACCUGGAGAAGCUCUCCCACCAGGAAAACACGGUGCUGGGCUUCCGGGUCCACAGGAUGCUACAGGCGGAGUUCCUGCAGGCCGCCCAGGUCACCGUAUACGACUACUACGAGCCUUCCCGGAGGUGCAGCUCUUUCUACAACCUGCCCACAGAGCUGUCUUCCAUGCGGAAGAUCUGUCACAAAAAUGUCUGCAGAUGUGCGGAGGAACGGUGCCCAUCCCUGAGGAAGGACGGCGCCCUGCUGAGGCAGGAGGAGCUCCAGGCUGCAGCCUGUGAGGGGGGCGUGGACUUCGUGUACAAGGUCAGGCUGGAGUCUGUACAGGCCUCCGCCUCCAAUCCCUACAUCUACUACCACAUGAAACUCCAAGCCAUCAUCAAGAGUGGUACAGACGCUGCCCUGGCCCUCAGCAUGAAGAAAUUUGUCUCUCAUGCCACCUGCCAUGACUCCCUGGGGCUGCAAGAACAGGAGACAUACCUCAUCAUGGGCCACACAUCAGACCUGUGGAGAGUCAAAUCUCACUACAUCUAUGUCCUGGGCAAGGAGACAUUCCUCAUGAACUGGCCGGCAGAAGGGGACGUGGGCAAGAAGGAAUUGCUGGGCCAGCUGGAAGGGUUUUCAGAAUAUAUUAGCACACAUGGCUGUGAGUCCUGACACUGUGAGGUGUCUGCUGCCCUCAGGUGGUUGUUUCUGAGCAGGCCCAGGCCACUGGGCUCACCCCCAAAUAAAGAGCAUGGAGUGUCACAUCCAA